CACGCCGACCGGAGCGGCGGCGGCGGCGGCGGCGGGAGCCCGGGAAGUGGAGGCGGGCGGAGGGCGGCAGCGGCGGCGCGCGGAGACGCAGCAGCGGGAGCGGCAGCAUGUCGGCCGGCGGAGCGCCAGGCGUGCCGCCCCCGAACCCCGCCGUGUCCUUCCCGGCGCCGCGGAUCACCCUGCCCGCUGGCCCCGACAUCCUGCGGACCUACUCGGGCGCCUUCGUCUGCCUGGAGAUUCUGUUCGGGGGACUCGUCUGGAUUUUGGUUGCUUCCUCCAAUGUUCCUCUACCUCUGCUCCAAGGAUGGGUCAUGUUCGUGUCUGUGACGGCUUUUACCCUUUCCCUCCUCUUCCUGGGAGUGUUCCUCUCUGGCAUGGUGACUCAGAUCGAUGCCAACUGGAAUUUCCUGGACUUUGCUUACCAUUUUACAGUGUUCGUCUUCUACUUUGGAGCCUUUUUACUGGAAGCAGCAGCCACCUCCCUGCACGAUCUGCAUUGCAAUACAACCAUGGCCGUGCAGCCGCUCUUGAGUAAUAACCAGUAUAACAUAAACGUAGCAGCUACAAUUUUUGCCUUUGUGACGACGGCUUGUUAUGGUUGCAGUCUGGGUCUGGCCUUACGAAGAUGGCGACCGUGACACUCCUCAGAAGCGCACUGUCUGUGUUAGUAUCAUUUGUUACUUCAUUCAUCUGAUCAUUUUGGAUGCCAUUUUGUUCAGAUAUGAUAACAGUCCGAAAGCUGUGUGUUUAGUAAAUGGAGAGAGAUUCUAAGUACGGUUUUGGUUUAUUUCAAAGAUAGAAUUUUUAAUUUCAUUAUGAUAUUAAACAGAGAAAUGGCCUUUAAUUUUACAUAAGUCACUAUUCCUAGAUAUUUUAUGCAUAUAAAAAAAUUUGUCUUAAAAGAUAGUUUAUGAAAAAAAAAGGGUAUCUCUUUUGUUUAGUUGCUAAGUCAUGUGAACCUUAAUUUCGAUCGGUAACUAGAAUAGAACUCCCUAAAAAAAAAACAACCCACAUUUCAAAUAGGCUUCCCACUGAACUCUUUCAGUGUAAAACAGGUUGGCAUCCUUUUUCUAUCAUGGCCCAAAGCAUUUGAACAAAAAUUAUGGCGUUUGAGAAUUUCUUUUUAGAUCUUAGCCCAAAUGGUAAAUAUUUUAGGCUUUGUGGCCCAUAUAGUCUCUGUCACAACCACUGUCCUCUGAUGUUGCUACAUGAAAGCAGCCAUAGAUAAUAUGUAAAUGAAUGAGGGUUCCCAUAAAACUUUAUUUACAAAAGCAGGCUGGAGUAGGCCUGUGGUCUGCCAGCUGUAGUUCGCUGACCUCUGGUGUAAAACCUUAGUUACGUGUCCUGUAUGUUAUGGAACUGAUCCCGAAAGGUAUAAAGCUAAUUAGAGAAACCACAUACUAUUUAGUCUCCUUAUGCAGUAAUCACACUGCCUUAGUGUUAAUGGUCAAAUACUUACCCUUGAAGGGGCGAAUGGUUUUUCUAGCUAAUUCAAGUAGCUUCCUGAGUAUAGGAAUAAGUAAUUUAUGAAGUGAACAGUAGUUGCUUAAUCAAACUUAGGGUCUCCUAAAACCUGAGCAAAACUCUCCAGACAGACCAUUAACCACUACUGGGAUUGGUUUCCAGCUACCUGUGUCUUACUCCGGAUUUAUUUAUGCUUCAAAGUACAGCUGUUUUCCCUGUGCAUGAAUAUACGAAUAUUUGUGUGUGGGCAUGUGAGGCUUUACCAAAUAGAGCUCUCCAAAGAGUUAACUUUUUAUAUGUUUUACAUUACUUUCUGAGUUAAAUCUGAGUAGAUUAACUAUAACUUAAAGUUGUAGAUUCUGAUAUGUUUUGAAAAUAGCCCUGAGAUCUGUGUUAUUUCUGCGUUGGUGACAGAUACACAGAAUCCAUUUUAAAACAACAGCCGUCACAAAACCUGUGUCUGGUGGAAAUGCACAGGAAAGUGGUGUAGUGCCCCUGCUUGUGGAAAGGUGCCAAUGGCUUGAGUGGGAGAAGUCAGGCCCCGCCCACCUCCCCACCCCAACCCCCCACUCUCUUCAAAGAAGGUACUCAUCUCUUGCCCAGAGAGGGCUACCUCUGGGAAAAGAGGACUUUGUGAUUGUUCUGCACUUUCAACCCUUGCUUUUUGUGGCUGAAUCACCCCAUACGAGUGCCAUGGAUAAAUCGGGCUGUUAGAUUUCAUGGAGCAUAGAACAAUCCUGAAUGAGUAGCAUGAUCAAUGAUCAAACACUGUCUGUGUGCUAAUCCCCUAGAAGGAGGAAUCUUACUAGAAUCCUUUUGUGAUGUUUUUCUAAUGAUAAAAGACGUGUUUCAAUAUGUGGCAAAAGGUUAUCAGUCAUAGGACUUUAUACUCAUGCUGUAUCUAUUCUAUAAUUUCUGACUUCCUUGGUUUUUCUAGCGCCAUACCACACACUUACACCUGUAUUAUGAAUUGUAUAUUACUAAGUCAUAAAUGUGCCAUAAGAAUAUAUAGUCCAUUCUGGUCUGAAUUGUUUAAUUAGUCUACUAGGUUUAGUCAUGAGAUUUUAUCUUCCAGAGUAUAACAGGUCCGUGCUUGGUGGCAUUAACUUAAAUGAUUUCACAAAACUGCUUGACCGCACUUUGUAAAUGGAUUGCUUCUCGAUCAUGAAGAACCAAGCCUAAAACUCAUCUAACUGUGAAAACUUAGAUUUUCAGAUUAAUUGUGUUCUAGAUUUGUGACUUGUGUGGCAAAGCACUUGAACAAAAAUUAUGGCAUUUGAGAAUUUCUUUCUAGAGCUUAGCUCUAAAAAUGAGAAAGUGCUGGUUGGUUUUAAAAUCUGGUAACUCCAUGAUGAAAAGAAAUUUAUUUUAUAAGUGUUAUGCUAAUAAAGUAUUCAUUUGAUAAUCUC